AUGUCGGCAACGCGAUGGGACGACUACGGAAGCGUCCCGCCGCCGACGCCGCUGUUCCGCGACGACGAGACCCGGCGGCGGCGACGCGACUGGGACGACUGGGACGCGAGGGACCGGUACCGAGAUGACGGCCCUUCGCUGUUUUCUGUUACGCUGUUCGGCUUCCUCUUCUUCGCGGCGCUCGUCGGGGUCGGGUACGUCGCGAGCGGGGCGCGCGGGAGUCUGUGGGACAACGGGCCGAGGGCGCGAAACGUGGACCACCGCACGCGCACGGAGGCGGCGGACCUGGGGAUGUGCCAGCCGCAGUGCGACUACGUGAACAACGCAGCGCCGAGAUCGCUCAUAAUCUACAACACCACCUGGCGCGCGGGCCUCGCCGACCGACAGGACAUGUACUCGGGAGUCCUCGCGCAGCUCGCGGCGCUCACCUGCGCGCGCGUCGCGCUCAUGCCUCCGAAGCUCGCGCUAGAUCCCGGGCACAACAACGGCGUGUACAUGCCCUACGAAUGGCGAUGGGACACCUACAUCGCGAACCGAUCGUUGGUGCCGUUCGCGUCGCCGUUAGACGUCGACGCGUACUACGACUACGCGUCGUACGACGAGGAAGCGUUCGACGCGUCUCAUGGCCCUCGCGAACCCGUGCUCAUGGACUGGAGCAACGACGCCGUCGUCAUCGCGAGGGACUACAUGGACCCGUACAAUAACCCGGGGGUGGUCAUCUUCGGAGAUCACGCCGAGGCGCUCACCGACGAUAAGAUCCUGGCGAACCUGCGGCGGGCGAUCGAGUGCGCGCGGAACGGCGUGCCUUUCAUCUGGAAGAUGAACUUCGAGAUCGCUUGGGGGCCGAGGUACGACUGGUGGGUGCGCGAGUUCGUGGGCGACGAUGCCGGUAAAGCCGGGUUGAUGUACGCGGUGAAACAGGCGUCGCUCGAGCGGGAGCUUCGAGCGUUCGGCGCGUUGGAUCCCGGCGUGGGUCUGCGCGAUUGCACCCUCGCGGAGGUGACGACGUCCGACGUCAUCGACAGGCUCGCGGAUAUCGCCACCGCGCGCGCCCUCUCCGCGUCGGGUCUCGGCAGGUCCGUCGAGGAUCCCGCCGGGGAUCCCGCCGGGGAUCCGGGGGCGGCGGAUCCCGGGGACGCCAAGUUCGCGGCGCUGCACGCGAGGCGCGGCGACGAGCUCGCGUGGUGCGAUACGUCCCCCGGGGCGUUGGACGACUUCGUCGAGUGCGCGCUGGCCAACGCGACGGACCCGGACGUCCGCGCGGGCAAGGUGCCCGUGAUUUGGUUCACGGACGACUCGGAGGAGUGGUACUGGAACGAGUCGACGGCUUCGAUGCGCGCCGGCAUGCUGCGGUACAUCCGAAGGGACGGGGGCGAUCACUUCCCCGGAGUGGUGUACGGCGAGAGUCUGGUGAACGCGACCGUGGAGGAGAUGCUGGUGCGGGUGGCGGACGAGAUGGGCGUCGACGUCGGGGGUUUCGGCACGGACAGGCGUCACGCCGGCGAUAACUACCUCCGGUAUCAAAUCGGAGUCGAGAUGAUGCAACGAGCAGAGGCCAACGCGGAUGCCUACUGGAACAUCCACUACUCCUACCGCGGCGGUAAGCCGUUCAAGUACGGGACGUGCGCUAGGGGGCGCGGGCACCCGUGCGCCCGGGACGGGCCCGUGCUUCGCAUGGCCAGGGGCGAGGAGGAUGCGCUGGCCGAGUUUGACCACCUGCUGGACGUCGGGAACAACGCGUACCUGGUGGGCGGCGUCGAGCUGCAGAGGGAUCGCGAGGCGCUGAAAGCCAACGCCACCGCGAACAUCACGACGAACACUGACCCCGGGGGGGUCGUGACGGCGGGGAGGGACGAGAAUGAUGGGUAAAUAGCGCGCCACCCUCGCGAGGGGGACGCCGCACCUUCGUUAACCGUAAUAGAUAUUUUUCC